UUGCCCCCCCUUCCAUCGCGCUGCACUUGGUUUGGUCUGGCCGAGGGGUGGGGUGGGAGCCUCCGGUGAUUGACACAUCUCGCGCACUUGGCCCUGUCCCCGCGCGGUGUGAUUGUCCCAACACGGCUUCCGGUUCCGGUCGGGCCAUGGCGGCGACGCGCGCGCUGUGAGGGCUAUGGCGGCCCAGCACGCAGAGAAGCUGGAGGGAGCGGUCCCGGCCCCGCCGCCCCCGCCGGGGCCCCCGCACCCCGCGGGUAGCACUGCCGCCGGCGGGCCCGGCCGGAAGCAGGGGAAGGCAGGUGAGCGUGGGGGGACCGGGACCGGGGUGGGUGGGGGUCGCCUCGGCCCCGCUGACGCGACCUCGCUUGUUCCCGUAGGGCUGCAGAUGAAGAGCCCCGAAAAAAAGCGGCGCAAGUCCAACACGCAGGGCCCUGCUUAUUCGCACCUCUCGGAGUUCGCCCCGCCGCCCACUCCCAUGGUGGACCACCUGGUGGCCUCUAAUCCCUUCGAGGAUGAUUUCGGAGCCCCCAAGGUGGGGGCAGCCCCUGCCCCCUUCCUGGGCAGCCCCGUCCCCUUCGGCAGUUUCCGCGUCCAGGGGGGGAUGUCGCCGCAGGUGCCCCCUGGUUACGGCGGGGGACCCCAGCCCCUGCGGAGACAGCCCCCUCCUUUCGCCCCCGGGCAGAUGGGUCCAGCCUUUAGCAUGGCCCCCCAGAAUCCAAACUACGUGCAGCCGGGGGGCUUGACCUUCGCUGGGCAGCCGUUCAGCCAGGCCCUAGGACAGAACUUCAGCCCUCCUAUGGGGCAGCUCAUGCAGGGGCCUGUUACCGGCUUUGGGCCCAUGAUGUCCCCCACUAUGGGGCAGCCCCCGCGGGGGGACAUGGGUCCCGGGCCAGCCCUCAACCCCUCCGGGGGCCCAGCAGUGGCUCAGCGCUUCAGCCAGCCCAGCAACCUCUUUGGACAAUCGCCCAUGCAGCGCCCUGGGCAGAACAUGCCACCCCUGCCUCCUACAGCCAGUCCCUUCCCUGGGGCAGAACCCAGCUUCCCUACUAGCAGCGAAGAGGGGGGCAAGAACCCUCCCCCCAGCACCUUCUCCCAGGAGCAGCAUUCAGGCUCCCCCGCCAUCGUCAAUGGGGCACAGCCUGGCUUUGCCCCCAACAGUGCUGGCCGCAGUGCCAGCACUCCUGAGACCAGCAGCCUCCCACUACCACCCUCCAGCAAGGCCACCAGCUCCUCAGGGCACCAGCCGCCACCAGGGCUUGUGUACCCCUGCGGGGCCUGUCGCAACGAGGUGAACGACGACCAGGACGCCAUCCUGUGCGAGGCCUCCUGCCAGAAGUGGUUCCACCGAGAGUGCACAGGGAUGACUGAGAAUGCCUAUGGGCUGCUCACCACUGAGGCCUCUGCCGUCUGGGCCUGCGACUUCUGCCUCAAGACGAAGGAGAUCCAGUCGGUCUACAUCCGGGAGGGCAUGGGACAGCUGGUGACCGCCAAUGACGGCUGAGC